ACCCGAUCGCUCAGUCGCUGGAAAAUCGUCGAAAUAGUCGCUUCUUGUGUUGAAGAUCGGUUGAAUUGAACAUGAACAUCGAAUGGGCUCCUCUCCGAGUUCCGAUGAACCGGCGGCUGCAGACCCUGGUUACGGCGUUCUUUACCUACACUUUCUUCACGCUGCCCAUCUCAUCCUGCCUCGCAGUUGCUAUCCUGCUGUAUUACGGCGAAAUGUUCGUGCGUAGUCUACUUCUUAUUUAUUUUGUAAUAAUUUAUUUGGAUUAUAAAAGAAACUACGGCAUUAUGGAAGGUAAUGGCUGGUUAUUCUACCGCGGCAUUCGGAGAUAUCGAGACUAUUUCCCCGUCGAACUUGUGAAAACCGCUGAGCUGCCUCCCAACAAAAACUAUAUCAUAGCAAGCUUUCCACACGGAAUACUUGGAACUGGGACUUGUAUUAACAUGAGCCUGGACAUCGGGAACUGGCUAUCCCAGUUUCCACAAGUUCGACCCAAGAUCGCCACCCUUGAUCAUCACUUCAAGACGCCUUUUCUGCGGGACAUAUUGCGCUGGUGGGGUAUGGUAUCGGUUUCCAAGGAGUCUCUGGCCUAUUUACUCAGCAAGUCAAAUGAUCCGAAGCACAAGGACAACCGGGAUGGUUUCACAUCUAAUGCGGUGGCCGUACUUGUUGGUGGUGCCAAAGAAGCCAUGGACUCUCAUCCUGGGCAGUACAUUUUAACCCUCAAGAAUAGGAAGGGUUUCGUUAAAAUGGCCACUCGCACUGGAUCGUCGAUUGUGCCCUCGUUGUCCUUUGGCGAGGUGGACAUAUUUGAUCAGGUGUCAAAUCCUCCGGAUUCCUCGCUCCGUCGGUUCCAGAAUGUGGUCAAGAAAUUCACAGGCAUUUCACCGCUUCUUCCCAAAGGUCGGGGUAUCUUCAACUACAACUAUGGCAUACUGCCCCAUCGCCGACGUAUUGUCCAAGUUGUUGGGUCCCCCAUCGAUGUGGCAAAAUGUGAUACUCCCGAUCCCGAAUAUGUGGACAAGAUUCAUGGGCAGGUGAUGAGAGCGCUGGAGAAGAUGUUCGAUGAAUACAAAGAGAAGUACGCUCCAAACUCAAAGCAGACCAAACUGAUAAUACAGUAAAAUAACUCAGACUGUGAUUUUUGAACGGAACAAAGUUUUAGACUAUUUUAAAGAAGGAGAAUGUUUUGUUUUGUUUGUUUGUUGAUUUCUUUUAUUAGUUACCAAUUAAAUUUGUUACCUUGUAUGUACUUAUAUAUACAAAAAGAACAAGGAGCUGGAUUCUCGAAUUUUGGAAAAGCUUAACAUAAUUUCGCAUUUUGUGCCACGACGAUCAUUCUUAAUCUCGUUUCCGAUUUAACAACUAUAAGGAAUUGGUGCUACGCUAGAAAGAAUCGAUCGCAAAAUUCCUUUCGAAGGUACAAUUUCAUUAAUUUAGCAACAAAUCAGUUUUCAUCGAUAUUUUAGUUUUCUUUCGGUUUGGUUUAGUUUUCGAAUUUUAACGCUAAAGCAAUAGCAAUAUUAGAAGGGAAAGUGGGAAAGGGAAAUAUUAAGAUUCAAUAAGAUUACUAGUUACUUGUGGCUGGCUUUAAGAUUUACCUACAAAUACUGAAAUAUUACGAAAAGUAUUCGUCUAAAUAUAUACUCUUUAGAAAGGAACACUUGGCAUAACUUGGAUUCUCGAUUUGGGACUCUGUUUAGUAAUAUUUAGUUUUUGAAUUUUCAAUAACAGUUGAGUAAGCUAUAGGAUUGGCCACCAUAUCUGUGCGAGUCCCGAUUCUUGUACUCCUGUAAGGUGGUUCUCAUGCAAGCCUAACGAUUGAGUACACUAUUUCGCGCAAUUGCCGUAAUUCUGAUUAUUGUUAGAGCUGGGAACUUAACUUACCCAUAACACUCUGGUUAAUUUUCCUAAAUUCUGCUGGUGAGGCAAUACAAAAUAUGUAAUUGGCAUAAUUGUCGGACGAAUUGCCUACGACAUAUAGUACAUAUGUAGGUGCCUAUAAGAGCAUGUCCAAAAACUAUCUCACUUUGGUGUUUCGCUAUAACUCUACUUGAUUUCUCAUUUUAGGUACUAGCCAGGCUGCCGAUUGUGGUUCGAGGAAAGCGCAUUUGUCGUUUAUCUAAAUUUCAUUCCGUUCUUAAUUUUUGGUAUUUGGUUUUUGGGUAUUCAUUUUAAUAUUUUGUUUUCGGUUUGGUUUUUAGUUUUAAAUCAAUCCCUGAGUGCAUUUUACUUUGCAUUUAAUUGCGUAGUUGCUAAAUCAACUGCUGGUGUUGGCUGUGGCUGUCUUUUGGCUCUUCAACUGUUGGUGCGCAGUGGUUUGAGUGUGGCUCUGGUUUUUGAUUACUGCCAGCGAGUGCCAUAAUUGAAUCGACUAAUUACAAUACCUAUAUAUUUCACAAUUACAAAUAUAUAGUACGUAUAGCAGUGGCGUGCUAUUGGCUUUGAUUCUGGGGCUUUUUUUCUUUUUUUUUGAGCGCAAACGGUGCAUGGAAGAUAAAGGGACGUGUCUCGAGUUGGAAAUCUCCAGCGCAUAAACAUAUCAUAUCAAAGUUGAACAUUUAACAUUCAGUAUUCAGUAUUCAGUAUACAGUAUUCAUUACUUGUUAUUCGUUAGGUUCUUUAUUGGU